AUGAACGAUGCUCCUGAGCCGCGACUCACAGCUCCUGAGCCGCAGCUCACAGCUCCUGAGCCGCGACUCACAGCUCCUGAGCCGCGACUCACAGCUCCUGAGCCGCGACUCAAAGCUCCUGGGCCGCGACUCACAGCUCCUGAGCCGCGACUCACAGCUCCUGAGCCGCGACUCAAAGCUCCUGGGCCGCGGCUCAGCCGCAACUCACAGCUCCUGAGCCGCGACUCACAGCUCCUGGGCCGCGACUCAAAGCUCCUGGGCCGACUCACAGCUCCUGAGCCGUGA